ACUGCCCACACACUACCAGUGAGGAGACUGUCAACACUCACUACCAGUAGGGAGACUGCGUACAUACUACCAGUAGGGAGACUGCGUACAUACUACCAGUAGGGAGACUGCGUACAUACUACCAGUAGGGAGACUGCGUACAUACUACCAGUAGGAAGACUGCCUACACACUACCAGUAGGAAGACUGCCUACAUACUACCAGUAGGGAGACUGCGUACAUACUACCAGUAGGGAGACUGCGUACAUACUACCAGUAGGAAGACUGCCUACACACUACCAGUAGGGAGACUGCGUACAUACUACCAGUAGGAAGACUGCCUACACACUACCAGUAGGAAGACUGCCUACAUACUACCAGUAGGGAGACUGCGUACAUACUACCAGUAGGAAGACUGCCUACACACUACCAGUAGGAAGACUGCCUACAUACUACCAGACCUAGAGGAGGAUAUGGAUAUCACAGAUUCACCUGUGAAGGGAGGUAUCUCUAUACUUCACACAGAGGAGGAUGGGAAACACCACUAUGAAGUGGAGAAUAUCCUCAAGUUCAAGAAAGGAGGACAAGGAGGAGGAGCCUUUGCCAGUGAAGGAGACAAGCUCCUGACCAUCAAUGGAGUGGACCUACAGGAUCUAUCCCCAGAGGCCUUCGCCAAGAUUCUGACGGAAGGAAACCCCAUGUUGACUGUCCACCAAGCCAGCAGGGCUCCUCCACCAGGGAGAUGCCCAGAGGAGGGGGCUGAGGCCAGGGCUCUCCACCCGGUCUCCAAGGAGAGCACCAUACUCAGCUUCAGCCUGGAGAUGAGACGAGAGGAUGACCUGGACGACCUGGAGAGUGACUCCUAUCGCCCCAUGGAAGACCUCACAGAAGAGGAUGUCAACACAGCCGAUGGGGAGGUUGACGAUCUGUUCCUGGUUGCCAUGACGAACACCAGAAUCUCUGUGGUGAGGGGGCGUGGCUGCGGUGACGGGAGCUCUUGUCACAACUGUGGCAAGUCGGAUUGUAACUUCAACGAGGUUGUCAUGGUCGCAGAGUCCAGCAAAGUCACCCUGGUGUCACGAGGAAUGGGCAACUUGGAAAAAGUACAGCAGGUGGACAACCUCUUUAUUGAAAACUAUUUAUGUCGCAUGUACCUUCGGCGUAGACUCACACAUAAGAUGUGGAGUUUUCCUAGUUUGUCAGCAACUCCAGAGAAGAUCACCAUCUAUCACUACAAGUCUGACUGUGUGGACGGAGAGUUUCGAGGGGUCCCUGUGGUGCUCAACUUCACCAGCUCUAACUGUUUCCUCAAGUGUGUUAAGGACGGAGAGCGAGUCUCUCUCUGUGUUGGGGUGAGCACAUACCCUUCAGCUUUCUGCUGCUCAGACUAAUGUUAACAAGGCCCU